AUUACCAAAUAACCCACUAAGAAAUUGAACAUAUUAAUAAAUUUUGUUUCAAAAACCAUUAGCAUUCCAAGCCAACAACAAGUAAUAUACAAAAAAUAAGUUAAAAGAAUUAAUAAAUAAUUAAAUAAAAACAAGUUGUUUUAUUACCUAUCUCUGGUGGUUAUCUACGUCAAACUUUUUACGCCUUUUAUUUAUCUUUUUGUAGAAAAAGUUUAUUAAAUAUAUUUAACAUUCGCUACAAUCAAUAAAAAGUGUUACAAGAAUUAAGACAGAAACAACAAAAAUGUCCAAAUCACAAAUAAAUGGUUUAUUUAAUAGCAAUAGCGCCGGCAGCAGCAGCAGCAAUAAUAACAAAAUUUUUACUGCCACCCAUUCCACCCCCACUGGUGCUGUUGGUGUUACAGCCACAGCUGCUUUACAGUGUACCCCCUCUACAACAAAUGCUGCUGCUGUAGCGGCAAAAGAUCAUUUAAGUGUUAAUCGCAUAAGUGCUGGUGGUAAUGCCUCUUCGGCUCCGGGUCCUGGAGGAACAAAUUCCUCGCCUGAUGUGGAAGCUAUGAGGGAGUGGUGGCGCACACGAAGUUUAAAUGCCCCCUCACCUUUUCAACAAUUUGGACCAUGUGGACGUAUAAUGAAAAAUCCGGCCAUGGUUAUGCAAAUACAAGACCCUGCCAGUCAGCGUCUUACCUGGUACAAACCUCCGUUAACGGUAUUGGUUAUAAAAAAAGUACGUGACUCUAUGGUGCUGGCACCAUUUGUACAAUUAGUUGAAUGGUUGGUACAAGAAAAACAUAUGGUUGUGUGGGUGGAAUCAGCCGUCUUAGAUGACCCACUCUUACAAGAAGAUAAGAAAUUUCAAUCGGUUAAGGAAAAAUUGGUAACAUUCAAAGAUGGUCGUGAUGAUUUAACAGAUCGCAUAGAUUUCAUUGUUUGCUUGGGUGGUGAUGGUACUCUUCUGUAUGCUUCUCUUUUAUUUCAACAAUCUGUGCCGCCUGUCAUGGCCUUCCAUUUGGGCUCUUUGGGUUUUUUGACACCAUUCCAGUUUGAUAAUUUCCAAGAACAAGUUACAAAUGUUUUAGAAGGUCAUGCCGCUUUAACAUUGCGCAGCCGUUUGCGUUGCGUUAUCUACAGAAAGACAGAUCGUCGUAAAGAUUCCUCCGAACUGACGCCACAAUUGAAUUGCAGCAUGUCGGCAGAUAGUGGUGUAUCCAUGGAUUCCUGCUCGGGUAUACCAACGGUGGGCAAAGGUUGCUCUAGAACACCUUCCACAAAUAUAUUGGUUCUAAACGAAGUUGUUAUUGAUCGUGGACCCUCGCCAUAUCUAAGUAAUAUUGAUUUAUUUUUGGAUGGCAAGUAUAUUACUUCGGUGCAGGGUGAUGGUUUAAUUGUUUCCACACCCACUGGCAGUACGGCAUAUGCUGUGGCAGCUGGUGCCUCUAUGAUUCAUCCAUCUGUACCCGCGAUUAUGGUCACACCCAUUUGUCCACAUUCUUUAAGUUUUCGUCCGAUUGUUGUACCUGCUGGAGUUGAACUGAAGAUUUCUGUAUCACCCGACAGUCGUAACACCUCCUGGGUAUCCUUCGAUGGUCGCAAUCGACAAGAACUGUUUCAUGGUGAUAGUUUAAGAGUUACCACCUCCAUCUAUCCGGUGCCCAGUAUAUGUGCUCAAGAUCAAAUAUCCGAUUGGUUUGAUUCUUUGGCCGAAUGUUUGCACUGGAAUGUGCGUAAAAAGCAAAAAUGUUUAGAUGAACUGUCGGACUUGACCGCUUCAGGUUCUGAGGAUACUCUAGAUGAGCUGGAAAGAGGCUCCGAUUCUUUGUUAGAUAGUUAAACAAAAAACACAUUAAUAAUAAACAUAAUUGUUAAACAAUUAAACAACAACAACAACAACAA